AUGAUGUCAACGCUGUCGCAUAUGUCCGGUGGUCUCCAGUACAUGGGACAUACUAGCCGCGACUGGGUAAACAAGAAACAAAAGUUUGCCAGAGAAGAGUCCCCAGAUGACGUCAAGAAACUUCUGGGUUUCUUCGAGAAUAUGCAAAAGAUAAACCCAGAGUUUUUCUAUGAUUAUGAUGUUGAUGCAGAUAACCGUGUAAGAAACGUCUUUUGGGCAAACGCAAGUUGCAAAGGAUCGUAUGAAGAUUUUGGAGACUGCGUUACAUUUGACACGACGUAUAAAACUAACAAAUUCCACAUGCCGCUGGGAGUCUUCGUGGGAGUGAACCAUCAUCUACAGAGCACCAUAUUUGCCGUUGCACUCGUGCGAGAUGAAACAAUACCGUCGUUCGAGUGGGUUUUCAAAACAUUUCUGAGGUGUAUGAACAACAAGCCGCCAAUCUGCAUGCUCACAGACCAGUGUUCUUCGAUGAAGGCAGCAUUAAAAACUAUCCUCCCACAUACUCUGCAUACGUUGUGUCGGUGGCAUAUCAUGAAGAAGUACAAAGACCACCUCGCCUUGCUGUAUAAGGCGCACGAGAAACUCAAGGAUGACCUCAAUGCGGUGCUGAACCACCCACUAAUGCUGUCAGAAUUUGAUCGAGCAUGGAAGGACCUCAUUCAGAGAUACAACUUGCAAGAGGAUGAAGUGAUGAAUUCGCUGUGGGAUGACAAGCACGAGUGGAUCUCGGCUUACUACAAGGAAAUUUUCUGUGCUCGGAUGACUUCCACACAGAGAAGCGAGAGCAUGAACCACAUACUGAAGAUAAACUUUGUCAAAGAGAAGCAUGAUCUCCAUUUGUUUGCUCAGUAG